AUGCAUGCAGAGACUAAAAGAUAUCAUCACGACGAAACACCAAUACGCCAUAAGAAUCACAAAAAUACGACCAGCAUGGGGCUCGAACCCACAACCUUAGCCAAUCUCGGUAACCGGAAAGCUACGCGCUACCUUUGCGCCAACCGGCCAACUUAG